AAAGAAAUAUUCGAUACCGAGGCCACAGUAUCGUGCGUUGCAAAAGGACACCAGCAGACGUGGCGAUCUGGAGCAAAAAAAAUUCCCCUGAAGACUGAUCUGACUAACUUAAAAAGAGAACCGAUUGCCAAAAACUUGAUGGGGGAUUACGGAGUGAGUUUGGCUUCCAAUAUAAGAGUAUUAUCACCAGUCGGAUUGAACAAUUUAUCGAACAACCAGUCUUUGUUUUCAGCAGACAUUGUCUCAUCUUCGACCAGCACAAUGCAAGAUCAUGAAAAUCGUCAUGAAACGCAGGUUGAGAAAACAGUAGUAAGUACAGAGCAGAGCUCACCAACUCCAGAUAGCCAGAGUCCAGAGCAGAACUCGCCCUGCAAUACGGUUAACGUAACGCAGAUCGAAUCCCCCCAGCAACAAGAUGAAAAAAAUAUUGAGUCUGCAGCACCUGCCCAAACAGUAGUGACCACUACAGAAUUUGUUGGUCUUGUCGACCCGGCUUCUGUGAAUAGUGCUAUGGUAAACUCGUUGCCUAGCCAAGCUCCAUGGUCUUCAGCAGCAACCAUUGAUGAUACUUUUCUUCAGGGGUUUCAGGCUCUCAAUGGAACCGUAACAUUUCAAAAUUUUCCUCCCCCAACUAACCCAGCAAUGUUUAACACUAAUGUUGCUCCCCCUCAGAUGAGUAUGGGAAUGCCUCAGCAAGCCCAGCCACCAAGAAGGGCCAUAACUGGAGGGACACACAAUCAGUUUGGACAGCAGAGAAAUCAGCCUGGAAAUAUGGGGAACCAUGUUUAUGUGAAUAACUCCAAAGGCUAUCCCUCUUGGAGUAACCCCCCACACCAGUCCUGGCCUGGGCAUCAACAACAACAGCAGCAGGCUAAUAUGUGGGGUAAUAUUCAGCCAAAUCGGCGAUCUGUGCCAAACAUGCCAACCUUUAACCCUGCCCAAAUGGGAGGUUCUAUGAGAAAACAAAACAUGUUCCUCACCCCGUCCAAAUUUAGACGAAGUACCUCAUAUCCAGGGCACAUGCAACAACCUCCACAGAUGGCAACUAAACCUGGCUUUGAGACUUUCAGCAGUGUAGAUGAAGCAAAUUCAAUGAAUCAGAUGAGUGGAAUGCAGGAUCAAAAUAAUUAUGACAGCAUGCGAUUCCCAACCCUAGAGAGCCAGCUGCUUGAUAUAAUGCGACAAACUGCAGUGGAACAGCAGCAGCCACAGCAUCAGCAACAAGCAAAUUUCAAAGCUCGUCCUUAUGGAAGACGCAGAGGGAAAUCUCCUUUUGGUUUUGUGGAAGAUCAUCACCUCCUUGAGGAUGGUUCUCUGGACCAGACUGUUCCUGGAAGCCUGGGAACCCCUUCAAGUGGGUCUCCUCGAACUGAAGCCGGCAUGGAGAGGGUAGAAAGAUUUUCCAGAAAGGUUUUCGUUGGAGGCUUGCCACCUGACAUUGAUGAAGAAGAGAUAACUGCUGCAUUUAGGCGAUUUGGACCUCUGGUUGUAGAUUGGCCCCACAAAGCAGAGAGCAAAUCUUACUUUCCUCCAAAAGGAUAUUGCUUCUUACUGUUCCAAGAUGAGUUGUCUGUUCAGGCAUUAAUCGAUGCAUGUAUUGUUGAUGAUGGCAAGUUAUAUUGGUGUGUAUCAAGCCCGACCAUGAAAGAUAAACCAGUGCAGAUUCGUCCGUGGAACUUGAGUGACUCAGACUUUGUGAUGGAUGGCUCUCAACCACUUGAUCCUAGGAAGACCAUUUUUGUAGGGGGAGUACCUAGACCUUUGAGAGCAGUUGAGCUGGCCAUGAUCAUGGACCGUCUGUAUGGAGGUGUGUGCUAUGCUGGAAUUGACACUGACCCCGAGUUGAAAUAUCCAAAAGGAGCAGGACGAGUUGCUUUUUCCAACCAGCAGAGCUACAUAGCAGCUAUCAGUGCUCGCUUUGUACAACUUCAGCAUGGAGACAUAGAUAAAAGGGUUGAAGUGAAGCCCUAUGUGUUAGAUGACCAGCUUUGUGAUGAAUGCCAGGGAGCCCGAUGUGGAGGCAAGUUUGCUCCUUUCUUCUGCGCCAAUGUCACUUGCCUGCAGUAUUACUGUGAACACUGCUGGGCCCAGAUCCACUCGCGCCCAGGACGGGAAUUCCACAAGCCACUAGUCAAGGAAGGGGCCGAUCGUCCCAGGGCAGUACCAUUUCGAUGGUGCUAGAUUAAAUAUCUAGAGAGGCAUGCAUUCCUGUUCUUGCUUUACCUCAUAUUAUCCAGACCAAAAAAGUGUGAUGUGACAUGCAGUGUUCAGCUGGGUGGAGGGAAGUCCUGUGCUACAGAUGACAUAAUAGAUGUUAAGCACACACAACCAGUCAGCAUGCAUUUAGUUAAUAUUUGGCUUAAAUUUUUAAUGUCCUAUCACUAAUUUAUUAUUAACCUCAUGGGUCAGGUGCCUGUUUCAGUAGUGCAUAGUACUACACCGACAUAUAAUACAGGAUGAGUAGUUCCUCAACUGGAAUGAAUAUAAUUGUGAUUGACAGAUGUAAUCUCAGAUUCAUUGAUCAGGCUUGAUCUCAGAUACCAAAGAAUUAAUGGUAAUUUUAAAUGAACCUUCCUCAACAGUAUCUCAUCCAGAUGCACAUAACUAUUAUUUAUAUUACUAAGCAAUGAGAUUCAGCUUUUUGUAUCCUAACAAAAAUUUGUACUUUGUAAAAAAAGUAGUAGCCUUCCAUUGUAAAAAAAAAAGAACUCUAUCAUUCAUAUAAAACAUGGUAGCACUGACCAUAAAAGUAACCAGUGGACAAUCAUUUUCUAGGAACUGUCUAAAAGAUUUUUUUAUACUUGAUAACAAGUCUUGAUGAGUUCUGUCUAGUCACAGAGUUAUGGUAAACUCCUUUGCACUGCUGUGGUAAUAUUUCUAUAUUCAGGUUCAGAGAUGAUUGAUAUAGUUUUUGUAAUGUGUAGUCAACUGAUUGAUGUCCUGGUACUUAACUUUGCAUGGAUACUGAUGUAAUCCCACGGUUGUCAAACAAUAUAUAAACCCAUCUUGAUGUCUUAAUGCAUAAUAAUGGAUAAUUACUGUGCAAAUAAUUUUGGUAGAUAGUUUGCAAGCCCCCCUCCCAUCCCAAUAGCUGGUGUUUAGUGCCAUGACCCCUGUGCCAUUAUGUGAUUAACUGUGACCAAUGUAGUUGAACUCUACUCCCCCUUAACCCAUUUAAGUCAUUGCAAUUUGCUGGUUAGUGUGAUUUUUGUUUUAACAUGUGACAGAACCUUCCAUUCCUGGGAAGGCUAAGCCUUUUAAUUUAUUUUCUGGUGCAGUGUUAUGAUUACAUAUUAUAGGCAUCUGUUGGUUGCCUUUUAGGGCCAUGUCUCAUUUGUUUUUGCUAGUGCUGACCUGUGUGGGUCCACCGUGCAAUUUUAAUAUUUGUACUCAAUAUUAGAGUAUCAGUUUGUUUGUGAACCCUCUUAUUUGCUCAAUAUGUUAUCAGUUAACACUAACCCAUUGCAUGGAGGGCAGUCACUUUAGGGAAAAUGUCACCAGAUAUAUGUAUAUAUAUGAUGGAACUGAUUUGGUACUAGAGUGAUUUGUGUAUCUUUUGUUAAAAUGUACAAUUUGUAUCAGAUAGGUGCACUAUGUCUCUAGUACCUCAUGAUGGAAGACUUUUACCUGGUUAUUUAUAUGUUAAACAUACAUGAAAGAGAGCAUGUUAGUGUGUACAUGCAAUUUUUAAUUUUGAGUUAGAAAAUUAUUUUUAAAAAAAUAUAUAAAAAAAUACUAGGGGUUUUGACAUAUCAAAAUAUUUAAAUUCAUGUGCUGUUUUUUCUAUUAAUGCUUAUGCACUUUGCAAUUGUUCUGUGUUGUUUUCCUUAACAAUGUAAGUUUUGUGUGUGGUUUCUGGGUUGUCCGCAGGUUGUAGCUGUUAAAGUGUUAUUGGAUUUUGAGGUUAUUUGUAGCAGAAGCUUUUAAUACCACAUUUUACAUGAAUAUAUGUGAAAUCAGAGAUGAUUGUCCUAUUUUUGAAUUAACUUAUUCCCCAGAAGUAAAUGAUAUUAUAUAAGAUGUAUGUUAAUUUAAUUCAGCACACAAGAUAAUUUAUGGUAGGAAAAUGGGUAAUUUUAUUUUUUCUGGGAUAUUAGUAAGCUUUUUGCAUACAUGUACAUUAUCUACUUUUGAGCUGACAGUUUUUUUAUGAAGAGAGAAUGAGAGAGAAAAGGAGCUUAAAAACAAUGUUUCAUAUAUCUUGUGGUUUGUACCGAAUGUUACAUUACCAGGAUUUACAAUAUUCCACAUUUUGUAUUUUUCUGAGCAUUUAGAAUUGUGGUGAUUUGCAGGUUUCCUGGCUAUUUGGGCACGAGUCACGUAGGAGUGGCUGAGCUGCUGUGUACCAACUGGUGCUACACAAUCUCUAUCAGGUACUUACAUGACUUGCCUUUGCUGCUGAAUGUAAGGCAGGCAAUUUUCGCAGUGACAGACAAUAUAGACGUAUUAGAGCUAUACAUGCUGUCAUAUUGUGGUCUUUUGGAAGUAUUACUGGAAGCCAUGCCAUUCCGGGAAUUGGUAUGGCUGUAUUCUAUGAGAAAAAUGCUUUGCAGGCUGAUAAAUGCUUAUAGCAUGCAAGCCAAUUGUGUGCAAUAUGAAAUUUUAAUACAUUUAUUAGAAUACACUAGAACUAUGGAUAUCCCAAAAUAUUCCAAUGUCUGUAGCACAAGACAGGUAUUUUACCUUUAGGCCAGAUAGGUAUGUGCCCAAAUAACAAGUAGCUGUAGCAUAAGUAAAAUAUUAUUCCAACAUCACUUUCAUAAUUUGUGACAGUUAUAGUUUUUUAAUAUAUAGAAUUUGCAAGUUUGACACUUGAAUGUUUGGUUAUAGAUUUUGCAUUAAUAUUCAGGUCGAUUUGAUAGCACCUUCAUGUUUCAUAGUGAUGUUUGUGUAGUGGAGAUCUACAAUCAAGUGGGUCAACAGGUGAUAAAAUCAUCAGAUACAUUCAACACUUAUUACAGUAUUAUCACAUAUUUUGCAGGAAUACUAAAAAAAGAUUUAAGUUAUCUUUAAAAAAAGUAAAUGGCUGAGUUAUUUUUCUGUUCUGAUUAUUUUUGGAAUUGUGAACUUUUUUAAACCUAGUGGUAGAUUAGUAAUGUUUAUGGCAGUUGAACAUUUAUUCUCUGUUAAUAUGAGAAUAAUCCUAGUAUAUUUUCCACUUAGUUAGAUGCAUGGAAACGAGUGUACAAUUGGAAACCAGUUUUCAUACACUUUUUUUGUAUUUGGGGAGUUUUUUUGUUAGACUUUUGUUGGAUUUGGAAUGAUUGGGUAUUUGUAUGUUUUUUUAAAAACUAUUUCAAGCCAUACAUUAUAAUGAGCAGCUGCUGUUUGCAGGCUUUUGUUUUAUAAGUAGAUUGGUUUUUAAAGCAGUGAAUGGACUCUUUAACAAGAUCCAUCUCACAUAGUAUUCAGAAAUACCAAGUUCUCUUGGCCACUUUAAUAACUAUUUAUACUUUCCACUUCAUUUUUAUGACCUUUGGAAAUUUGUGCAACAGAAUUUCUUUUAACAAUAAAUGCAAGAAAAUCA